AUGGAAAAGGAGAAAGAGGGCUUCCCAAUCACAUCCCUACGAGAAAUCAACACCAUUCUUAAGGCUCAGCACCCGAACAUAGUCACAGUGCGGGAAAUAGUUGUCGGGAGCAAUAUGGACAAGAUCUACAUCGUGAUGAACUAUGUGGAGCAUGACCUGAAGAGCUUGAUGGAAACUAUGAAGCAGCCAUUCCUCCCAGGUGAAGUGAAGACUCUGAUGAUCCAGUUGCUCAGAGGAGUCAGGCAUCUGCACGAUAACUGGAUUCUCCAUCGAGACCUCAAGACCUCAAAUCUACUGCUCAGCCACAAGGGAAUCCUCAAGAUUGGAGACUUUGGUCUUGCUCGCGAGUAUGGCUCUCCACUAAAGCCCUACACCCCCGUGGUGGUGACGCUGUGGUACAGGUCUCCAGAUCUGCUGCUUGGUGCCAAGGAGUACUCCACAGCUGUAGACAUGUGGUCAGUGGGCUGCAUUUUUGGAGAGCUUCUCACCCAGAAACCACUGUUCCCUGGAAAGUCUGAAAUCGACCAAAUUAAUAAGAUCUUUAAGGACUUGGGAUCCCCCAGUGAAAAGAUUUGGCCUGGCUAUAACGAGCUGCCUGUGGUGAAGAAGAUGUCUUUCACAGAGUAUCCCUACAACAACCUGCGGAAGCGCUUUGGAGCUCUGCUGUCGGACCAGGGCUUUGACCUCAUGAACAAAUUCCUGACGUACUGCCCGGCCAAGAGGAUCACUUCAGACGAGGCCCUCAAGCACGAAUACUUCCGGGAGACUCCGCUGCCCAUCGAACCCUCCAUGUUCCCCACGUGGCCGGCCAAGAGCGAGCAGCAGAGGGUGAAGAGAGGCACCAGUCCCCGGCCGCCGGAGGGAGGCCUGGGCUACAGUCAGCUGGGCGAUGACGACCUGAAGGACACAGGCUUCCACCUCACGACCAGUAACCAGGGAGCGUCCGCGGUGGGCCCUGGAUUCAGCCUGAAGUUCUGA